AUGGUGACAUCCUUGGGUGUGAAUAAGAAGACGCUCUCACAAGCUCUCGCGCCCCUAGUCAAGCAACAUGUCUUUAUCGUCGAAAGUUAUGCCGAGAACGAUAUUGAGCAACUCCUUUCCCGUUCUCUUUUGCCGAAAUCUGCUUACGAGUAUACGUACUCAGCUGACACAUACGAAGAACUGUAUAGCCAGAUCCUUCUCCGGAAAGAAGAUUUCGAGAGGUAUGACCACCUCGAGCAGUCAUUUUGCGUAAAAGUGCCCCCUAGCGGACGAAAGAAAGGCAUCAAUUGCUUGAAGUCUGCAGAGGUUCUCCCAUCAUUUUUUGAGUUCUAUGACGCAACAUCUUAGCCAAUAACAUGUAUGGUAAGGGUCCCAUUAGGCCCCGGACAGACUUCACGCGACUUAAUCGUCGUGCUCUAAUCGCCAAGAAGAUUUCCAUUCAUUUUCAUUUCACAUUCAAAAAUUUCGG